GAUAGAAAAAAAAGGAGACAAAGAAAUAAUAUAAUUUAUAUUUCGAUAAGAGCUCGUUGAUAAAAAUACAUACAGUGCAAAGAAGAAGAAGAAGAAGAAGAGAUUGAAGGUCGACAAUUUAUAUCGAAGAUAAGAGAGUUAAAAGCACGUGGCACGUGUGGACUUGGAAAGUUUUCGACUACCGGUACAAGUGAUCGACAUUGGAUCGAUGGAAACGAGCGUAGGGAACGCCUCUUACGAUAUUCAUUAUUCGCGAAAUUCAAAAUUAUCGUGUGAAGGAAAAAAAGAAGAAAUAGAAUUAGAAGUAGCAGAAGAAAAGAUUCAAAGUUCAUCAGUCGAAAUAAAUCAACGAAUUGUUAUUUACAUUUUAUCAUUAAGUUGAAGUUAUGGGAAAGUUCUCGCAAAAUAAAAGAGACAUUUUAAUGAGUAAAAAGAAAGACAAUUAUUUAUUUUAUUAUUUUUUAAUAAACCUUUAUCCAUUUGCAACAGCGAUGGAAUGGCCAAAGUUUAUAUAUAUAUUUUAUUCGCCGUUUUUAUUCACGUAUAAUAAUUAAAAUGAACAAUAGAAUAAACGCAAAUUCAAAAAGAUCGUUAAUAUUGAAUAAAACAAAGUUUUCGAAUUGAUGAUGAUAAGUAUUUCUGCCGACAAAGAAGGGGAAAAUUAUUGAUAGUUAUCGGAAGAUGACUGAACGUUUGUCUAAAUCUAUACUGAUAUUACGAUAAAUAAUUAUUAAUAACGAUGGAUAACAACAAUGGUCUUUGGAUUUUUGGUUACGGGUCUCUCUGCUGGAAUCCCGGUUUCGAGUAUACUAACAGUACAACUGGUUUUGUAAAAGGAUUUGCCAGACGAUUUUGGCAAGGAAACACAACUCAUCGUGGUACAACGGAGAAGCCCGGUCGUGUUGCUACUUUGGUAGAACAGAAAGAGGGUAUCGUUUACGGUCGAGUUUUUCAAGUAACAAAUAACACGGCUUUACCUUAUUUACAAAAAAGGGAAUGUUCCUUGGGUGGGUAUCUCACAAUUAUUUCGACGUUUCACACUCGUGAUGGUAACAGAAGCUUUCCGGUAAUCAUUUAUAUAGCCACUAAAGAGAAUCAACAUUGGCUUGGGGAAGCAUCGCUACGUAACAUAGCGAAACAGAUUACAGAAUGUUCGGGAUCAAGUGGACACAACGUUGAAUAUCUCUUACGAUUAGCAGAUUUUAUGCAUAAUUAUAUACCCGAGGCACAAGACGAGCAUCUUUUUACGUUGGAAUUGUUCGUACGAUCGAUUAUAAAGGAGCAAAGUAUGUGUUUAACUACCCUAAUGGGAGACAGAGAAUUCAUUAUUGACCUUGAAAAUGCCGAACAGGAUCAGUUGGAAGUAGAUCGUGACAAUGCGAACAUUCACAAUGAUGUCAAUCGUGUUAUGGAAAACUCUUUUCAAUAUGCGUCUAGAGUACCACCUCAGACAUUGCGUUGUCUUAAAAUGUAAAAUGUGAAUUAAAGAAUUAUUUCAUUUAACGAUUUAACAACAAUUUAAUAGAGAAUAGAGAUUUAUUCUCGUUACGCCUAAUAGACAAUAAUACUUUUAUACAUUUGACAAACAAUCAUAUAUAUUUCAUUAUAUAUAAUACAUAU